AUGGGGUUAGGAGAAAAGAAAAUGGCAUGUUUUUGGUUUAUUGUGAUGUUUAUGCCUCUACUAACAUAUGCUGUUUUCAUGCAAACUGAAGAAGCCAACAGUCUGUUGAGGAGUCGGAUACGGAGAGCGAACAGUAUAUUUGAGGAGUUCAAAGCAGGAUCUCUGGAACGAGAAUGUCAUGAGGAAAAAUGUUCAUAUGAGGAAGCCAGAGAAAUCUAUAAGGACGAAAGACGAACGAAAGAAUUCUGGCGGGUAUACACAGAUGAAGACCAAUGCCUUUCUAAUCCCUGUAACAAUGGUGGUACCUGCGAGGAUCACUAUCAGUCAUACGUAUGUGACUGUCCUGAGGGUUAUGAGGGCAGACAUUGUGAAACAAAUAAAAAUGAAACUCUGCAGUGUAUAUAUGAGAAUGGACAGUGUGAGCAGAUUUGUCAUGACACCAACACAAUACGACACUGCUCAUGUAUGGAAGGGUAUGCUUUAGGGGAAGAUGGAACAUCAUGCGUUCCUACAGUGGAAUAUCCAUGUGGACAGAUACCAGUGCUGAAAAAAAAAAUCACAAAAGGUCGAAUUGUUGGAGGUGAAGAAUGCCCAAAAGGAGAGUGCCCAUGGCAGGCUCGAGUAGUCUUAGACAGAACAGGAAUGACAAUUUGUGGAGGGACAAUAAUUUCACCAAACUGGGUAGUCACUGCUGCUCAUUGUGUCAAAUCUCCUCACGCAAACAAACUUACAGUUGUGCUUGGUGACCAUAAGAUUAGCAAAGCUGAAGGAACUGAACAAGAGCGCAAAGUUGUUCAAAUCAAAAUCCAUGAAAAGUUUGUGGGGAUGAAAACGAACAACGACAAUGACAUAGCUCUCCUCCGUCUGAAUAGUUCCGUAAACUACACCGAUUAUGUGGUCCCCUUAUGUCUGCCUGACAUCCAAUUUGCUGUAAAUGAACUGUUGCACCAAAGCUCUUUCUCUAUUGUCAGUGGUUGGGGUCGCCUUCUGGAAGGUGGGGCUACACCUGACACACUUAGGAGGGUAACCCUGCCUCGAGUGGCUUCUCAAGAAUGUAGAGAGAAGACAAAAAUGAAUAUCACUGCUAACAUGUUUUGCGCAGGCUUUACUGAUGGCAGUAAGGAUUCUUGUAAGGGUGACAGUGGGGGUCCUUACGCUACAAAAUAUAAAGAAACCUAUUACCUCACUGGUAUCGUCAGCUGGGGCAUGGGAUGUGCCAAAGUAAAUGCUUAUGGGGUGUAUACAAGAGUAUCUCGCUACACGGAUUGGAUACUAGAGAAUAUAAAGCAGGAUUCCAGUUAA